AAUAUCAUUCCUUCCCCAAACCCAUUUUUUCAUUUUUUUUUUUUUUUUUUCUUUAUUUGCUUCGUUGUCUUGUCAAAUUCGCCGCGUGAAUUUUAUCACCGUUGACGGCGAGCGACUCUACUCUCCGGUCAAGAAGAACCACCGAGAUGUCGUUUCUAUUCCGUAAGAACGGGAGUAGUUCACGGAGGAAGAUCAAAGACAAACUCCGUGGUCGGAACUCAGAUCGAGGCGGGAAGAGAGAAGGUGGUGAAGAAGACAGAGUCAGAUACGACGGAGGCGGUGGAGGUUCCGGCUCUGAUUCGUUACCACCACCGCCGUCUCCUUGGGGUUUUCUCUUCCCGGAGGAUUUUGUUAGAAUCGAUGGGAAUCUAAAAGCUGUUAUUGUAGAUGAAGAAGGUUUAGAUGUGAUUUACUGGAAAAAGCUCAUAGAGUUGGAAAAUAGCGGGAAAAUUAGGAAAAACCCUAAACCUAGAAGACGAGUUGACAAAUCCGGCGGCGGAUUUAGAAGAACUGGAGUCGGAGCAGAUCAAGCCGAUGAUGAUUAUGAAGAUGAUGAUGAUGAUGGAGUAGGUGAUGAAGAGGCGUUUUCGUUUCAUAAGAAAAAUUCUCAAUCUCCUUUAUCUUCUUCAGGUGGUGGUGGUGGUGGUGAUGUUGGAGGAGGAGGAGGGAGACACUAUACUUCUUCUUCUCCUUCGCCGUCGCGACCUUCUUCUUCUUCUACAUCUGCUGCUUCGCCCUCGAGAGCUUCUUAUUCUACAAGUGAUUAUGUUGCCGUUGGAAAACAAACUCAAUCUAAAUUUCAAGCUCCUGGCGGCGGCGGCGGUUCGUUUCCAUCUUCUCCCUCGCAGAUCCGAAACAGUGAUGGCGGUGGUCGUUCGCCGCCGCUUCCGCUUCCUCCGGGUCAAUUUGCGGCGGGAAAUGCGCUAUUGUCUACAUCGACACCGUCUGUUCCGCUUCCUCCGGGUCAAUACACGACGGUGAAUGCGUCAUCGACACCGCCUGUUCCGCUUCCUCCAGGUCAGCAAUACAUGGCGGUAAAUGCACAAUUGUCUACAUCGACACCGCUUGUUCCUCUUCCUCCUGGUCAAUUUGUGGCGACAAAUGCUCCACCGCCACCGCCUGUUCCAGCCAAUCAACCGCCUCCGCCAUCUGCUGGGGCUCCACCACCACCGCCUCUGCCAUCUAGUGUGGCUCCACCUCCUCCUCCACCGCCUAAGAAAGGACCUGCACCGCCACCACCUCCUCCACCGGGUAAGAAGGUAGCUGGACCACCACCGCCUCCAAUGUCGAAGACUGGGCCACCUAAACCACCUGGUAAUCCAAAAGGACCGGAGAAGUCAGGUGAGACUUCAUUAGCCGUAGGCAAAACUGAAGAUCCGACUCAGCCAAAGCUCAAGCCUUUGCAUUGGGAUAAAGUUAACCCUGAUGCUAGCCGUUCAACAGUGUGGCACCGGAUUGAUGGUGGCUCCUUCAACUUUGAUGGUGAUCUCAUGGAGGCUUUGUUUGGAUACGUUGGUGCUCGAAAACCGAGUGAAGCAAGCAGUGUACCGCAGAAUCCCACUGUGUCGACUUCGCAGACUUACAUUCUCGAUCCUCGGAAGUCUCAGAACAAAGCAAUUGUGCUUAAAUCUUUAGGGAUGACUAAGGCAGAGAUCAUUGACUUGUUAACAGAAGGCCAUGAUGCUGAGUCUGAUACACUUGAGAAGCUUGCAGGAAUAGCACCAACUCCAGAAGAACAGACUGAGAUCCUAGAGUUCAGUGGCGACCCGACGAAACUGGCUGAUGCAGAGUCUCUACUGUUUCACAUCUUAAAAGCAGUUCCUUCUGCAUUUAACCGGUUUAAUGUCAUGCUUUUCAAGAUUAACUACGGUUCAGAGGUUGCUCAACAAAAAGGAUCUUUACAGACACUUGAAUCUGCAUGCAAUGAGCUUCGUGCUCGUGGGCUGUUCAUGAAGCUGCUUGAAGCAAUCUUGAAAGCAGGUAACAGAAUGAACGCUGGAACCGCUAGAGGAAAUGCUCAGGCUUUCAAUCUAACUGCUUUGAGGAAACUGUCUGAUGUGAAGAGUGUUGAUGGGAAAACUACUUUGCUUCACUUUGUUGUUGAAGAAGUUGUGAGGUCUGAGGGAAAGCGGGCUGCGAUAAAUAAGAACAUGUUCCCAAAUGAUAAUGCUAGUGGCGAGAAUGCAGAUGUAUCUAGAGACGAACAAGAGAUUGAGUUUAUAAAGCUGGGUUUACCCAUUAUACGUGGCUUAAGUUCAGAGUUCACCAAUGUGAAGAAAGCGGCUGGAAUUGAUUAUGACUCGUUUGUAGCUACGACCUUAGCUUUAGGCACCAGAGUCAAAGAAACAAAACGCCUUUUAGACCAAAGCAAAGGGAAGGAAGAUGGGUGUUUGACAAAGCUGAGAUCUUUCUUUGAAUCUGCAGAGGAAGAACUGACAGUUAUUACAGCGGAACAGCUCAGGAUAAUGGAGCUAGUGAAGAAAACCACAAACUAUUACCAAGCUGGAGCAUUGAAAGAGAGGAACCUGUUUCAGCUGUUUGUUAUAAUCCGUGAUUUCUUAGGGAUGGUUGAUAAUGCCUGUAGUCAGAUCGCAAGGAAUCAGCGGAAACCACAACAACGACCUGCAGCAACAGUAGCUGGAGCAUCAACUUCAACAGCAGAAACAGCGAGCGUUGCUGCUACACCGCAAAGGAAUGCAGUUAGAUUUCCAAUUCUGCCUCCAAAUUUCAUGUCAGAGAGUUCAAGGUACAGUUCAAGUGAGUCAGACUCAGAUUCCUGAUAAACCAAAAACCAAAAAAAGUUUAUUCACUUUUGUUAUUAUGUAUAUAGAUGAUAGGGGAGCUUGUCAGUAAAAAAUUCUUUAGGUUCUUUGAUGAUGGUUUCUUUUUAAUUUUACCUGUUUCCUUUUUCGGUCCAAAGUUGAUUCUUUUUGGAAGACGGAGAAUACAAAAAAGAAGAAACCAUUACCAUAUGGUCUUUGUUUGUAAUUCAAUUUGUUAUAUCUUUCGGUGUGCAGCAAUGAUAAAUAUCAAAUCAAGUGCUUGAAUAUCAAACACGAGACUUCAUUAAAGAAGUCGCAAAUUGUAGAUACAGCGACAAAAGCUUCACAAGAAUAACAUGUUUCUCGUUAUG